GCGCCGCGGCCGCAGGCGGCGGCACAGCAGCAAGUUUUGUCUCCGGCCGAGGUCCCACCGCUUUCAGCCAUGGCUGCGGAGCCUUCGGGGCACGCAGCAGCCCUCGCCGAGCCCGCAGCUCACCGCUAACCUCGCUUGGGUAGCGGCCACCCCUGCCGGGACAGCGAGCAGCUCCGAGUCGCCGCAGCGGGACCGCGGUGCCUCCGACACCCUUUAUCCACCCCAGCACCAUGUGGGGGGGGUUGCACCCCGAGCUCGGUUUGCACCCCGAGCUCAGUUUACACCCCCAGCUCGGUCUGCACCCCCAGCUCGGCUUGCGAGGCUACAAGGCACCGGGCUCAGAUUAUUCUCCAGUGGGAUGGUUACCUGGAACUGAAUCCCUGUGGCAGUCCACAACUAUUUCAUCAAGCAGUCAAAGCAAUCCUGUCAGAAGACACAGCAUAGCUUCUGAUAGUGGGGACACCGGAAUUGGUACCUCCUGUUCUGAUAGUGUGGAAGAUCAUUCAACUUCAAGUGGUACAUCCUCAUUUAAGCCCAGCCGAUCACUGAUUUCUAUUCCCACUGCCCAUGUGAUGCCGUCUAAUGCCAGCUCUUCACUAUCCAAACACAGGGAAGCUUUCAAGUCUGAUAGCUCAAAACAAAGUGCAAGAUUUGUACGAUCAGGAGGAGACAGAAAUCAGGGUAUCCUGGACAGUUCUCUUGACAUGAAAGAUGCAAGACCUGUAAGAAAAUGGUCCUCCUUGUCUAAACUCAGCUCACCAAAUACCUUCAGCCAAGAUGGUAGUAAUCAUUCAUUGGAGUCCAGGGCCAGUACCGACAAACUCAGCUCACCAAAUACUUUCAGCCAAGAUGGUAGUAGUCAUUCAGUGGACUUGAGGGCUAGUACAGACAAAGCUGCGUCACCGCAAUUAAGGACAAUUGGGCCAAGUUGUUUGCUUGGUAGCAUGGAGUUGCUACAAAUUGAGGACAAAGAAAUGGGGAAAAGAGGAUCUUCUCUACUGGACUGCAAGUACAAAUUUGAGACGUGCAGCAAGGAUGAUUUUGUUUCAGAUUCCUCAAGUAGGAGACAUGCCUUAGACUUGACCUACAGUGCCUUACCUGAAAGCAAACCUAUGGCAGCCAGCUGUGAAGCUUUCGGACAGAGAUAUGCGACUCUGGGACAACAGGCUGUGAGCGGAGCUCCCAUACAGCCAGCAGUGAGGACUCAAAUGUGGCUUAAAGAACAAUUACGUACAAAUCCCCUGGACUGCAGGACUGCUAAGGAGCCCUACACUGUAGCUGCAUGGCAUGUGCCACAGCUUGAAGAUUUCAGAACAGGAGGUGAACAGCCUGUCCAGGUUCCGACUGGGACAUCUCGUCAAAGUUUCGCAGCUACCAGCUACCAGGACCUCAGUGACUGGGAAUCUGCAAUGAAAAUGAAAGAGGCGCUGAUAAGGCAGAAAGAGAUUGUGAUCGAUUGGCAAAAGCAACAAAUUAAUGAUUUACAUCAGAAGAUAAGGGAGAAUGAAUUAAGAGCUCAACAUGCACGAAUGAGCCAUCUUGUGAACUGCGAAGAACCUUACAUGACAAAUUUGCAGCAACCACGGUAUGAGAGCACAUCACUGCAACCUCAUGUUUCAGAAAGAUCAACAUCCCACAACGAAGAGCUUGAGCGAAAAUUUGCAGCAGCUGAGAAUAAGGAAUUACAACUCAAUGAACUUAUAAAACAGAUUUCAAACAAAUCUAGUGAAGAGAAAAAGAAGAUGGAGGAGAAACUUAAAACUAGAGACCGAUAUAUUAAUAGCCUAAAAAAGAAAUGCCUGAAGGAGUCUGAGCAAAGCAAAGAAAAACAAAGACGAAUUGAAACCUUAGAAAAAUACCUGGCUGAUCUACCAACACUGGAUGAUAUCCAAGGGCAGACUAAGCAGCUACAAAUUUUAGAAGAGAAGAACAAGCAACUUCGAGAAACUACAGCUGAGUUAGAAAAGAAGCUCCGAGAGGUCCGAUCACAGUGCAAAGAGAGAGAAUUGCAACUCAUGUGUCAGAAGAAAAAAGAAAAAGAGCUGGUCACAACAGUACAGAGUUUACAACAGAAAGUGGAAAAAUGCCUGGAAGAUGGUAUUCGCCUUCCCAUGUUGGACACGAAACAGCUUCAGAGUGAGAAUGAAUGUCUCAAAGAAAAGAAUGAGAAAGCCAGUAAGGUGAUAGACAAUCAACAAAAUCAGAUAGCUGCACUGAUUUUAGACAUGCAGUCUAUGCAAGAGAAGCUUUUGCAAGAAAAGCAGAUUGUUGAGAAGAUGACAAAUGAGCUUGAAGAAAAAGAAAGGAAUAUAGAGCAGUUAAAUAAAGUUUUCUCUGAAAACCAAAGACUGAUGGAAGAGAAUGCCACUCUGAAGGAGCAGAUGCGGCAGGUGGAACAGUCCAGGCAGCCAGUAUCUGAGAAGAUGCCUGUAGCAGACCAGUUGUUCAAGGAAAUGUCCCAUUGCUUAUAUGACUUGAAAGCACUGUGCAGUAUUCUGACCCAGAGAGCUCAGGGUGAGGAGCCUAAUCUUUCCUUACUGCUGGGAAUCCGAUCACUGAGCUGUUCAGCUGAAGAGAAUGAAAAUUACUGCAGCACAGAAAGCCUUUCAAAGAAGCUCUUGGACGUUUGUCAGUUACGAAAGGACAUUGAUGAAUUAAGGACUAUGAUGUCAGACCGUUAUGCUCAGGACAUGGGGGACAAUUGCAUCACUCAAUAACAACAUUUCACCUAGUAACAAAUGACUUAUUAAAUGCUGCUGUGUCACAGGUCUUUGCGUUUUUGUUAAGGAGCCAUAUUGGAAGACUGCAAAUAGUACUGCACAUGCAACUCUCUCUGCGGAUUGUGAAUAUUUAAUCUCGGGAAUCUGGUGGGGAGAGGACAGUCAUUGUUUGAGUGGAGUGUUACAAACUACAAGAAAUCUUUUCUCCAAACUACUGAAUGUAGGAACAAGCUGUGAAGAAUGAUUAGUUGGAUGCUCUGUUUCCUUCAUUAGGGCUCAUUCUAUUAUUUUACCUAGUUUCUGGAGUCAGAGCAUCAAAACAGCCAUGCUGCUACUAGUAUCAGUCCUUUCCUUCAUGAAGGGUUUGUAGGAUAUAUUACCUGUAUUCUGAAAUUAGAUCGGAGAGUCAAAGGACCUCUAGCCGUAUAGAGGCUUGUACAACUGCAGUCCACUCUAGGAAUCCCAAUUGGCACAAUUUUGGAGCACUACAAAAAGUAGUUGCUCUCGCAUAUUGCCUAAAAAAUUUGAUAUGGGAAAGAUGUUGAUUUUUAGUAAUGGAUGUCUAGCUUGUUUGCCCAGUAGUGGAUGGAAACCAAGUUUUAACUGCUUUAUGCAGAUGAAGCCAUAAAAUACAGCAUUAUCAGAUUGUUUUAACCUCUCUUGUGUUGCUGUAAGAAGUUUCAAUAACACAGUCUGUGACAAACCCAGAGAAGCUGGAAGGCACGAAACUGCAGCACAGUACAUGGCUAUCAGAAAAAAAAAAAAAAGACUGUAUUUUAAUGUUUGUACCGUACUUAUUUUUUCCCUUAGGUCAUCUCCACUUUAAAAAUGUGGCUAGUUUGUGUUUCAUCCCUGAAGGCCUUUGAUGAGGUUGUAAACCACAUCAACCAUUUUUUUUUUUUACCACAGCUGAAAAACGGGUGUUUGGCAUUUGGCAAAAUCAAGGCUUGGAACAGGAUGUUUCCGCUUAGCAGUAUUAAAUACUCGGUUAUCCGAGGACUGCAAAAUUUUCCACAUUGUUUGGAAAUUCUUGAUUUCUCUAUUUAUGUAGGAAGGAAUUACAUUAAAAAAUUGUGUUCCAUAGUUUAUUCAGUGAGUGUCACUUGGCAGUGCUGUUUCACUCCUGUGGGACAGAUGACGUAUUAACGCUUCUGAUUUCCUGGAACAUAACUGCAAGUUAGCUGCACAGUUAUGCAUAGUGUAAAAUAGUAUUUAACUGAAGGAAACAAAAGCUUGCAAGGAGCAAAACCACUCUCCAAUCACAUUGUUAAGCAAAUAUAUGAACGUCAGUUACAUACACAGUAUGGAAAGAACGUUUCAUAUUACUAAGGUGCAAGUCAGUCAUUCAUCGGCUGACCCACAGUGUGGACAACAGCAGAAAUCCCUUAGGAAGAAUAGCAGUUAGCCUGGAAAAUUCUAGGGUAACAUUUUUAUGGCAAAAGUGUUAGUAUCUUCAGUUUUCUGACUGUAUUUAUGUUAAAAAAGAAAAAAACAGUCUAACGAAGUAGACUGGUUUCCAGUUUUAACAUGUUGAUGUUUUGCUUUCUUGUCAUUGUUAAACAGUUACUGUUAAUGUUGAUUUUAUAAUGUAGUGACUUACAUUUUUUUUAGCUAUAUGGACUUAUUUAUUUGACAGUUUUCUCUAUCCUGAAGCUACACCUGGACUGAUUUGUUAAAAAUACAGUUGCUAUUUAUAUUACUGCUACAUGGUGUUUUGGGAUAGAUUAAUGUGACUGGUUCAGCUCCUGUGAGCACGAAAACUGUGUCUAGAUGAAAUCUUCAGUGAAAUUGCUUGGUGUCUCUACUUCAAGAUAAAAGACGAGGCUAUUUUAUUUGAAAUUUCUAUGCGUUUUUCUGUAGGUUUGAAGGUGUACUUUUAUGCUAGCGCAAAACUGAAGAAGAGGAUCUUAGCACAGAUGGGCUUGCACAGUUUUCUGUGGCUCUAACAGUAUUGGUGUGUUUGACAAGGGCCUCGGCUUCUUCCUUUGGUGUAGUUCAUUGAUUUUGGCGCUGCAGUGAAGUAGUAGUCUGCAGUUUACGGCAUCUGUCUCCUAUCAGAAUUCAACAAUAGCAUUUCAGAUAAUAACCUAGAAGUGUUGGGGAGAGAGGAAACACCUCUAAGUUGCACGUUAUUAUUUCCUUAGAUGGAAAUGUUGUACCUAUAAAAUAUUACCAGGCAAUGGAAUGAGCUUUUUCUAAGAUAUGCAUGAUUGUUUAGUUGGUUAAAAUGUAGUGUGUGUGGUCUCAUUCAGCAUAUUUAAUACAGAGUUUAUUAAUGAAUGUUAACAUUGGAUUUGCUUAGAUUUAGUCAUGACAACUUUUGGCUGUACCUAUUAGACAAUCUCAAGGGCUGAAAAACAACCGCUAAUGAAUGGAUUCUGUACUGUUCUGGCUGUCAGCAAAUUUGUACAGUAAUUUUUUGUAUAGUUUCAGAUUGAAUUUAUAAAAUCCUUUAGAAGAUACUUACAGUAACUACUGUAUUCAAGAAUGUAUUUUGAAAAAGACUUGGAAAGUAACUGUCUUUGGACAAGCUGUAGAUGAUGCUAUGUAUUUACUGUAUAGAAGUAAAGCAGGUCAGUUGUGUGAAUGUGAUUUAGGUUGCUAGCCUCCGCUGUGCAGCUUCGUCGUGUGAUAGUUGUGUGAAAUUGUGGAGAUUGCUGUAACCACUCACUCAGGCUCCAGCAUUCAAAACUGCUGGUGGCUGUGAAGUCAUUACAAGAGCUGAAAUGUUGUCCUUUUCCCUUCAAAAGGUUUCCUUCCUUUGCCCUCACUGCCCAACUUCUGCUUCAAAUGGGUUUUUUUGGAAGUGUUUCUUGCAGGGUAGGAGCACAAGGAAAACAAGCAAGCAAACUCCUUCCUCCGUGACCUGCUGCUCUAGUACGGGCAGUGACAGCAUGCUGCAGUCUCUCCACGUGGGCGUAAUUUUCUCUAGUUUUCCAUGUCCUUAUCAGUGAUAUUACAAAGGUGGAGCUGGAGGUAUAAUUGGGCUUUUCUCAUUGGUGUGAUGAGUUCUGCUUUGAGCGGGGAAAGGAUCUUAUGAAUUAAUCUGCGUUGUUAGACCACAAACAAAUUUAUGGUUAUUAUCUAAAGGGAUGAUUUAUUCCAGUAGCUCAUUAGCAAUAUUAAUUCCACGGCUGCAUACCUUUGUGCCUUUUUUUGCCUAAAGUAAGUGUAUAUUACCCUUGAACUUUAGAUCUAAAGUUCUUAGGAUGCUGAUGACUGCACCUUGUUUUCCUCUUACCUGCCAAUAUUUUGUUUAGAAGCUUUUGUAGUAAGAACUGCAAAAAAUCUAGGAACAGAAGUAAUUAAACUAGGUACUGGGUGUACACUCUGAAUGUUAGGCUGGUCAUAGUGUGCAGCUUUUUUAACUCUGAAGUGAGGGCAGGAAACUCAAAUCAUAAUGUGUUUAUUUUGUGUCUAUUAAUUACAGAAUAUCAUCAUUUCAAUGGGGAGGAGUGUCUGGAGCUAUCUUUUAUAAGCACAGCUGACAUAUGUACUGGAUCAGUCCCUGAAGACUGGUAGUUUUGUAAAUUGGGUUCAAUUUUUGAACCACUCAGAAUACCUCAUAUGUAAAUAGAGUUGUCAUGACUUAAUCACAAUGUGUUCAUUGUAAUAAGUAAAGGAGCCACUGGCUGGCUCAGCUUUAGGCUUGUUGUUCUUGCCUCUUUUUGUAAUUUUUUUUUAAAGUAGGGUUUACAGCUAGAAUUUUGAAUGCCAAAGUUCUAUUUAUUAAAUAAUAAUAAAAGUUUUCAUUGUUAAUGACUGGUAUUUUUCCACUGGAAGUUGUUUGUUGAUGUUUGGGAUUUGUAUCCACAGAGCAAAAAAUAA